AUGCUUAGACAGAUAGACCUUUUGAUAGGAGAACCUUGUCCUGAGUUACUAUGUGGUAUCUGUCAAGAUGUCUUGGAUGAGCCUAUUCAAGUUCAUUGUCCAGAAGAUCAUUUAUUUUGUAGUAAAUGUAUUCAAAAGCAUAUAGAAACAGAAAACACUUGCCCAUUAUGCUUCACAGCCAUCGACAAAACUUCUUUCCAACUAUCGAAAUUUGCACAAAGGCAGAUCAGUCGACUGCGCAUUCAAUGCCCUAAUCAUAUCAAUGGUUGUCCAUGGCAAGGUCUUCGAGGAGAUAACCACAUAGAACAUUGUGAAUAUGUGCUCUUCCCAUGUCCCAAUACGGAAAAUGGAUGCACAGAAAAGAAUUUGUUAAAGAUCAACAUGAAGCAACAUAUAGAUGAAUGUCCAUAUCAGCAGAUGACAUGUCCAAAUAAUAUGCCUUUAUGCCAACCAUUUUUAAGAAAGGAUCUAGGGAAGCACGAGAACGAAUGCCAAUCUUAUACAUGUCCAUAUGCACAUGAAGGGUGUCCAUUUAUUGGCACGUUAAACCAAGCAAAGGCUCACUGCGAAGGAUAUUGUGGAAGAUUGCACAAGACAGUUGAUGAUUUGACAGAGGAAGUGAAGCGAUUAAACAAGAUCAUACAAGAUAUAUCAUUUGGAUUGUCAGUGAAUAUGCCUUCUACACCAGAAAACUGUGGUAAUCAAAAAGAUAACGGUCCUACAGUCACUAAAAAGGAGGAUCAGGAUACGUCAAUGAAUGAGAUGGCACUGUUUCAUGAAAUGUUCAACAGUGAUCUUUUCGAACCUCUAGACUUGAACAACGACGAAUCUCAAGGCACUAGCAAUAAUACCAACAGCAGCCUUCAGAUGUCAUCAUCACAAACAACCUCAGCCACUACAAUGCAACAAGCAGAGCAAGAGCAGGCAUCGACAGAGAUGAUGGAUAUAAGUUCACUAGACUUUUUAAAUUCGCUUUCUGUAGACAAUUUAAAUUUGAACAGCAAUAUCUUUGAUGCACCUUCACCACAGCCUCUUGAGUUUAUACCACCAACAACUGUUCCAAAACGAACAAGCAAUGGAAAGAAGAUCCGAUAUAGCAAAAAUGUUCGAUUAGCUCACAGUGCGCUCAGGAUGGCCCGUGAGAGGACAGCGAAUGUAAAUAAUCCGACGAACGAUGCCAUUCUGAAUAAUCUGAAUAUUGCUAAACAAAAGAACAAUCAACUCACGUUUAAGCAUGUAACCGAUGUAAAUAAAUUUAUAAAUACUGAUGAAGCCAAGUCAACCAAGAAGGAAAAGAAAAAAUCAACAAACAUCAAAUCUGCUGAAUCACCCAAACCAGAUUCACCGCUAUCUCCUUCACAGAAUAGUUCAAAACGAAGACCCAUGUUUAUAUUAGCUUCUUCUUAUUUAUCAAACUACAAUACAAGUAAUAACAAUAAUGCCGCCACCAAUAAUAACCAAGAAGCAUAG